AUGGGUUGUGAUAAUAAUAAUACACUUAAUAUAUCUAACGAAGGGUUUGUCAAAGAAAAACUUGGGAAAAUACACCAUGAUUAUACAAUUUUAAAUCCUCCAUUAGGGAAAGGAGCAUAUGGUGAAGUAAGAAAAGCAAUACAUAAAACAACAUAAAUAGCAAGAGCAAUAAAAAUAAUAAGUAAAUAAUCCACAUCUAGAAGUGAUUAAGAAAGAUUAAAAAUGGAAGUAGAUAUGUUAAAAGUUCUUGAUCAUCCUAAUAUUAUAAAAGUAUACGAGUUCUAUCAAGAUACUAGAUAUUUUUAUAUAGUAACCGAAUUAUGUACAGGAGGUGAAUUAUUUGACAAAAUAAUCGAUGAACAUUAAUUUAAUGAAAAGAAGGCAGCAGAGACGACGUAUCAAAUACUUAGUGCAGUAAAUUAUUGUCAUAAAAAUAAAAUUGUACACAGAGAUUUAAAACCAGAAAAUGUUUUGUAUGAAUCUAAUUAACCAAAUGCUUUAUUGAAAAUUGUAGAUUUCGGAACAUCUAUUACAUAUAAUCCUAAUGUAAAAAUGAGCCAAAAACUUGGAACCCCAUAUUAUAUAGCUCCUGAGGUUUUGGAAAAAAAAUAUGAUGAAAAAUGUGAUAUUUGGAGUUGUGGAGUUAUACUAUAUAUAAUACUAUGUGGAUAUCCUCCUUUUAAUGCAAACAAUGACGUUGCUAUAAUGGAAAAAGUUAAGACUGGAAUUUUUUCAUUUAGUGGAAAUGAAUGGAAUUACGUUUCUAAUGAAGCUAAACAAUUAAUUAAGUAAAUGUUAGAAAAAAAUACCAAAAAAAGAAUAUCAGCAGAACAAGCACUUAAAAAUAUUUGGUUCUAGAAAAGAACAUAAUGUUAAGUUGAUAAAUAAUCAUUUGAAAAAGCUCUUACAAAUAUGAGAAAUUUCAGAACUGGUAAAAAAUUAUAAGAAGCCACUUGGAUGUUUUUAGUAAACUAUUUAGCUUCUAAAGAAGAUAAAAAUGAACUUUUAAAAGCUUUUUAAUCAUUAGAUACAAAUGGAGAUGGUAAAUUAUAAAAGGAUGAAUUAAUUUAAGGUUAUUUGAAGAUUUUAAGCCCUGUUUAAGCCGCUUUGGAAGUUGAGAGAAUUUUAUAAACUGUUGAUAAAAAUAAUUCAGGAGAAAUCGAUUAUUCUGAAUGGGUUGCUGCCACUAUUAGCAAAGAAAAUUUAUUAUCUAAAUAAAGAUUAGAAAUGGCUUUUAAAAUGUUUGAUAAAGAUGGUAGUGGUACUAUUAGUAUUGAAGAAAUUAAAGAUGUUUUUGGAGGAAUGGGAAAGGUUAAUGAAAAUUUUUGGAAAGAUAUUAUAAAAGAAGUAGAUGGAAAUGGAGACGGAUAGAUUUCGUAUAGUGAAUUUAAAGAAAUGAUGCUUAAAUUAAUAGAUAUAGAUGCAUAAAAAUGA